AUGAGGGACAAAACUGCUAAGGGACUAAUUCAUGAAGCAUAUAACUGGAGUCAUUAUCAACUAAAAUCUCUUCUUGGUAAUGAAUUUGUGAAUGUCGUUGAAAUUAAUCAAACUGGAAAUAUUAAAAACGAAUUUAAUGUUGCAAAUGUAUAUAAAUCGUUGAAUUUUCAACGGCUUAUUCAAAGAAGACAGCAUCGACGUCAUCAAAAAAUGCGAAUUUAUCAAAGGAACGCACAGUCCAUCAAUAAUCAAGAAUCAUUAGAUCGCAUUGCAAACCUUCCUCGGCAAGAAAUAAGUAAUACUCUAUUGGAUCAAUUUUUCAAUGGGACUGCUUUCAUUUGA